UAGCACAACAAAAGACCUCGAAAAAAGCAAGAGUGAAAAAAUUUCAUGUUUGAUUGACUCUGCCAAAGAUUAAGACGAAUAUAUAACUUUCAAGAGCAAUAUCCUCUAUUCUUCGUCAUUGGGUUGUUGUUCUGGUCGGGGGUACGACUUUAUUUACGAAUGGUUAAUAGAAUGGUUAUCGUAUGGACGCCUGAAUGCUGAUCACCAGACAAAAUAACUCCAACACAUGCCAAAGUUGUCUUCUAAUUCAUUUAUGACACUUUUAUGGUCUAAGUUCAGAGUUUUACUGUGUUUUAUUCUGUAGGAUGAUUUUUUUAUAACGUCACUGGGCUUAGAUUCGGUGGAACCAUUUUAUCACAAAAGAAAACAAUGAUGUCUUAUGCGAUUAAUUUUUCUAGAAGGCAUUAGUUCAACCAUUUGCAAAUAGCUGAGACGACUUGUACAACAUGGGAAGUACAUCUUCAAAGUUCCGUAAAGCGCUUCAAACGGGAGAAGAGGUAGAAGCAAUGCAGCUAUACUUAAAGAAUCCAGAUAUUAAAAGAAAUUUGGACCCUAACUACAGCUACGGAGAGAAUUACAGUAAUAAUACCUUCUUACAUUAUGCAUGUCUUUAUGCUAUGAAACCUUUCGUACGAGACUUCAUGUCGGAAGGAGCAAAUAUGAACCAAAAAAACUCACUCAGUCAAACUCCUAUCCAUUAUGUUUGUAUGUCGGAUAGAACUCAAGAUCCAGUUAUUGAUAAACUAAGAGCUGAGUGUUUGUCUAUGAUGCUAUGUUCGUGUAAAGCUGACGAUAUCGAUGAAGAAAGUUCUGAUUUGGGAGUCAAAGACCACAAAAAUAACACAGCAUUACACUAUGCUGCUUCUUCAGGAUUAUACCAGUGUGUACAGAUACUUGUAGCUAAUGGUGUUCCUCUGUAUGAAGAGAAUGACGAUAACCAGACAGCUUGUGACUGUGCCAUUCAAGGAAACUUUUCAGAAAUAGCAUCAUUCUUAGAAUCCAAAAUGGUAUUUUCUGAUGCAGUCACAGACUCCAGAGAAGCUGAGGUUCAUCUACGACUAGCUCAAGAAGAAAUGCAGCCCCACAGAGGACUGUGUGCACAAGACUUACAAGAAGCGAAAGACCAACUGCUGGUAGAAACAGCAGAUAUGUUGAUGGUGCCAUUGUUUACUGCAGAAGCAUUAUUGAGAGAUUAUGAAUGGUCCAGAGAAAAGUUAGUUGAAGCUUGGAUGAAUGAUGCAAAAGCGGCAUGUGAAAAAGCAGGAGUGAAACUUCCUGAAGGAUACACAGACGGAGACAUAGAUACAUUCACAUUCAGACAUGAGGACAGAACAGCUUCUCCCAAGACCUCAGAGCAUUGCUUGAUCUGUGCUGAUGAAAUAGAUGAACUAUUAGCCUUGUCCUGUGGGCAUGCUACUUGCUAUAACUGUUGGGAAAGAUAUCUCAAUAUCAAAAUCAAAGAAGGAGAUGCUCAUAAUAUUCAGUGUCCUGCAUUAAAAUGCAAUACCCUUGUUCCGUUGGAAACCAUUGAAAAGCUAGUUUCAAGAGAGAUGGCAAGUCGUUACUUACUGUUUGAUAUUAAGGCAUUCGUAGAAUCCAAUCCUAACAUUAAGUGGUGCCCAGCCCAGGGCUGUGGUCGCGCAGUGCGUCUACCUCCUAGUGCUUCUCCGCUUGUUGACCCCGCUAGAACCCUGGCAAGAAGACGGAGAGAAGAAACACCAUGCUUGAUGGUAGACUGCGGCAGUGCACAUUAUUUUUGCUGGCACUGUUUACAGGAAGUACAUGAGCCAUGCACGUGUGAGCUGUGGGACAAAUGGAUAAAGAAGAUCGCUGAAAUGCUUCCCAAGAUUCCUACACUGAAAGAGAAAGAGGUUUUGGAUGAAUGUCCCGAAACAGAGAAAGUGGCCAACACUCUGUGGCUGGUGACCAACUCCAAACCUUGUCCAAACUGCAAGUCGCCAAUCCAGAAGACAGAAGGCUGUAAUCAUAUGAAAUGUUCAAAGUGCAAACAUGAAUUUUGUUGGGUUUGUCUUGAGCUGUGGAAGAAGCAUAGCUCAGUUACUGGAGGUUACUUCAGGUGUAACAGAUACGAGAUCAUACGUAAAUUGAACAUUGACUGCGUUGAUUCCAUAAAAAAUGCAUCAGAAAAGAACAUGUCGAUUCAAAAACUCAAUUACUUUCUUCACUACUACUCUCGCUUCAAAAACCACGAAAACAGCUUCAAGUUGGAGGAACCAUUACUGGGAGCUGCGAAAGAAAAAAUGACAGCCCUAGCUAUGUCUGCAUUAGAAAAUGAUACAUCGCUGGAUGGUGUGGAUACCAGUUUUGUAGAGGACGCAGUUCGUGAGCUGCUCAAGGCUCGUCGAGUACUCAAGGCUUCUUACGCUUAUGGAUACUUUCUAGAUGGCAGCAAGGAAAAGAAAACAAUUUUCGAGUUUAUGCAGACCGAAGUAGAAGAAGUAACCGAAAACUUAUCCCAGAUGGUGGCUAGACCAUAUUUACGAACUCCUCGAUCUAAAAUCAUCCAAACCACCGCAUUUUUGCGCAAUAAAAGACAAACGUUUUUGUUAGCUUUAUCACGUGGGCUGAUUCCAGAUGAAGAGCUUCCAGAACGAUUCGUUUCCAAGCUGGAAUCUCUUACUAGAGUACCAACAUCGUCUGAUGAUGAGUCUGAUGAAGGUGAAGAUAACUACAAUGAAAUUCGCCGAGUGAUUGAAUCCUCCAUUCGUGAACAGCUGGCAGGCAGACCCUUCUCGGAUAAUAAUUCACCUGACAGUAGCCCAAGUUGUAGACCAGAGGGACUGAUGGGGUUGUGUUCUAGGAUUGGCUGUCUUAACCCUCGUCUCAAUAGACAAUACACAGGGCAGUUGUCUUCGUACUGCUGUUACGACUGUCUGAGGAUUGAUAAGAGAAACAAGAGAUUAAGGAAAAAGAAACAAGAAAAACGACGCCGAGAAGCCGAGAGACAAGCUGCCAUGCCAGUAGCAAAUUUCGAGGACACACAACUUGACUUAGACUUAAUGCGCGCGAUUGAGCUUUCCUUGGACAAGCCAAGUUGCUCAUCUAAACGACAGUUAACGCGUCAGCAUUCUAGUUCUUCCAGUAGUUCAGCUUCAUCCGAAGAAAACCAUGCCCAACAAGAAACUGCGCGCAACUUAGUUGAAGAAGAGAACACUUCUCUUCAAAAAGCUUUGGAAUUAUCGUAUGGUAUCUUAGUUAAAGAGCCAACAUUAGAGUCAUCAUCAAGACAGGAUCAAGACUUGGAUCUGAUGAAAGCCAUCCAGUUAAGUCUUGAAGGUGAGGGGAGUACCGCAACAGCACCACAGAGUAGCCUGGAUACAGAAACUACAUCAACUUGCAUACCUUUACCACCAGAUGACAAUGAAUCAUCUUCUGGUUAUCAAAACGAUCCAACAACAAAACAUGUUAGUGACAACAACAAGUGACUAAGAAAACUUAAAAAGAUUGGAAAAUCCACUUGAGACUUUUCUGAGCAAGAUAUGUUUAUUGCUUUUAGGGUGGGAUAUAGCUUGUAAAAAUGAAACUAUAUUUGAUUUCUAUGGUAAAUAAUAGUUUUUAAAAUUAAAAUUACAAAAAAAGUGUUAAAUAAGGGCCUGGUUUGCCCAGCAAAGUAUUUUUUAAAUGGUUCACAUUGUCCCAACUGACAGUGUUGACUUCCAGUUGAAUAAUUGAUGUUGGUUGUUGUAUUGAAGUUCACGUCAAUCUCUUCAUAAGAGCCUUUGAGUUAUAUAUAUGUCUUCACUUGUCAUUACUGGAAAACAUAGAAACAAACCUCAAGGGAAUGACAUGUGGUCUGAAAUAAAAAAAAUUUAUUACACCCAAAGCAAGAGGUCAAAAAUAAAUGCUUCUGCUUUGACUUGAUGAACCACGACUCUUCACAAGACAUCAACAAUUUAGUGACAAAUAAAAAUGAAAAGCUAUAAAGUGCACAAUAUCACAAGCUCAAAUACUUCUGUAACUCAUUCUUUCUAAUCCAUUCUAUAAAAUCAAAUAGCCAUGCACAUAUCACAGGGGAAAAUGUUUGUGAAUAAAAAGUUACUUAUGUU